AUGACGUCCUCGCCCUCGCCGUCGCCACCGUACCCUGCCGUGGCCUGGGCCUCUGAUCCGGCCGCCAACUUCUCCACGCCCUUCGAGGUGCUCGGCGACGGCGGAAGACUGUGGCUUCAGCCGCUGAGCGCGCGCCACUGGCGGCAGGAGCUGCUCCUGAAGGGCGCGUCCUGGUUCGGAUUCCAGAGCGACACCGCGUGUGUGCACGAGCUCUACAAGGGGUGGGCAAACCCGGGAUACGCGGUGGACGACUACAUCGCCUUCCUCACGCGGCACGGCUUCAACAGCGUUCGGCUGCCGCUCUCGGUGGAGCACGUUGCCUCUAAUCCGACCCUGACGGGCUCGUGCGGGAGGGAGUGGGAGGGGCUCCGCAGCCUGGCGGCGCUGGAUGACCUCGUGCGCCGGCUUCAGGACGCGGGCAUCUACGUGAUGCUCGGAAUCCACGUCAUCGCCGCAGACACCAACAGCGCCCUGUGGUGCCAGAGCGUGGAGGGUGGCUGCCGCAGCGAGGACGAGGAGCCGCUCUUCGACGCGUGGAGCUCGCUCGUGACGCGGUACUGUGCGUCUCCUAACGUCAUCGCCGCCGACCUCUACAACGAGCCCUUUGGCGCCACCUGGGGCAGCGGCGACCGCAGGACAGACUGGGACCUAGCUGCCGAGCGCCUCGGCAACCACGUGCUCGCUCGCUGCCCGCGGUGGCUCAUCUUCGUGCAAGGCAUCGCCAACAAUGGCGGGUGGUGCCGCGACCACCCGUCGGGGCUACACAGUGGCCACACGUGCUGGUGGGGCGAGGCCGUCCACCCGCACCGCGCUCACCCGAUCGAGCUCUCGGACGCGAGCAAGCUGGUGCUGUCGCCGCACGCCUACGGCGACGCCUCGAAGAACCCGAACCACCCAGGGACGCCCGAGGUGUGGGACACGCAUUGGGGGCUGAUCCCGUCCGAGGAGGGCACCCCAGUGGUGCUCGGGGAGUGGGGCGGCCUGUGGGACGACACAGGGCCGUGGCAGGAGCGGAUGCAGGAGUACCUCAUCGAUCGCGGCUUGGGGCACUUUUACUGGUCGCUCAACGACAACUCGUUCGACACCGGCGGCCUCUACAACUCGGUAAACCAGCCCAAGUGGGACAUGCUCGCAUCCUCGCUCGCCAGCUCCGUGCCCGGCUUCCAGGCGGCGGCUGCGGCGCUGAGCAAUCAACCACCCUCCCCGUCGCCGUCACCACUGCCGCCGCGGCCGCCGCCGCCGCCGCCGCCAUCGCUACCUCACCCCGAGCCGCCGCCCCCGCCGCCGAGCGCUCCUUGCGCAGAGCAGGAUCUUCGGCCUGGAAGGACCAUGCUCACAGGCGCAAUCGGGGGGCAGUGGUGCUUCAGCGUGCUGUCCUCGUCGACGGUGCAUCCCGACGAGCAGGAAAGGGCAUUGUGCGAAUCGCACUACGUCGACCCCGUCCUCCCUCCGACGCCGGGCAGCUCGUACGCGCACGACUGCUCCGGGUCGUGCGUGCCCUGCACGUACCGGCUGAAAAGUGGCGUGUACAAGUGCACUAGCGGCCCGCAGUUCUUCGGCUGUCCCGCCCCGCCUCCUGCCAACCCGCCUCCUCCAUCACCACCCCUCCCGCCUCUUCCAGCCGCGCCACCACCCACACCCGCGCCUCCGCCUCCCUUCGCCCCAGCCGCACCACCUUCGCCCCAGCCACCGUAUCCCCCACCGCCACCGCCUCUGCCGCCACCACAACCGCCGCCGCCACUGCCCCCAUCGCCGCCUCCGUCGCCUUCGCCGCCACCGCCGAGCCCACCGCCCCCGACGCCCGUGCCGUCGCCCGCUCCGUCGCCCGCUCCGUCGCCUCCGCCGCCUCCGCCUCCGCCUCCGCCUCCGCCUCCGCCUCCGCCUCCGCCCCCGCCUCCGUUGCCGCCGCCUCCCCUGCUGAGCCCUCUCAUUCCUUGCGGCGCCCUCCUCGCGUGCCCCAAGAACCACGGAGGUGGCAGCAGCUUCACCUGCUGUCUCUGGGAUGGUGCCGCCGCAGCCGGCGCGCACAAAGGCCUCUGUGCAGAGGCCUGCGCCAGCAGCAUCAUCCCGUUUACCGGAAGCGAGUCGCUGCCGCCGCUGCCACCCGGCCCGCCAGGGCCCCUUGCAGUGCCACCGCCGCUGCUGCCGCCGCCGUCGCUGCCAUCGCCGUCGCUGCCCUCGCUUCUGCCGCCGCCGUCCCUACCGCCACUGGCAUUACCGCCGCCGCCGCUACCGCCGCCCUCGCCACCACCGCUGCCGCCGCCACUGCCGUUGCUGCCGCUGACGCUGACGCCGCCACUACCGCCGCCCCAGUCACCACUGCCCUGGUCGACUUGCACCGAGCAGGAGCUGCGGGGCGACCUGAACGGCGAUGGCCGGUUCACCCUCGGCGACGCGCUGCAUGCGGCGGCGCAGUGGGCGGGGGAUGCUCCCCGGUCGGCGUGCAUGAAUGGCGGCGACUUCUCGAUGAGCAAUAACUUCACCAUUGGCGACGCUAUUCUGGUUGCAAGCGUGUGGGCAGAGAAUGAAGAUUGGCCCUGGGAAAAGGAGGAACAAGUGCUCCAAGGAGUGAAGAAGGGCUCGAUGAGCGGGAGUUUUCUCAGCCUGCCCCUCCUCGCCGAGGAUAGCUCCUUCAGCGAGCGGCAGACGAUGGGGACACAGGGAUCGGCAGGGACGGGAGACGACAGCCCCAAGUCGCCCUUUGUGCGGUUUGCGCGAGGCAUGCUGCAGCGCUUCACGCCUGCCGAGAGCGCUCCCUUUGUGACGAGCCCGCUGCCAAGCACAAUCUCCGCCUCCGAGUCCUUUGUCUCGGGCACCGCCUUUGCCGACCCGGUGGAGGCGCACGGCCUCGCCGAGGGGCGCGAGGCGCAGAUCCAACGGUCGCUGUACCUCUCGCUCGACCGCGAGCGGACCGCCGAGAUGCGGUGGUACCGGCUCAACCGCAACCGCCUCUGGCGCGGGACGGAUGAGCUGCUGGCUCCGCAGGAACCGCCAAAGCUGCCCGUCGAGAAGGACUGGAUUGGGGCGAUGCCGUGGCCCGACGGCACACGGGCGGACGUCGGCUUCUUCCGCCUCUGCUUUGCCUUUUGCCGCUUCCUCUACAAGACAGGCAACCAGCAUGGCGUGAAGCGCUGUCUCCUCUUCAAGGCGGCCCUGGGCGUGCUGCCGGUGGUCUUCUCGACGCUGCUCUCGGUGGCAAUCCUGCGCGUGCAGCAGGCCUGCGAGGACGACGCGUCGCCGGACCGCACUGAGCUGGUCGUCCUCUGCCUUGGCAUGGUGGCGACCGCCACCGCCAAGACGCGCCUCUACUACCAGUUCCAAGUGCCGCUCGCGGGCGUGCGCUUUCACCUGCGCCACGUGCUGCAGCGGAGGCUGCUCAACCUUCACGCGGAGGCGACCCGCUUCGGCAUGGACCGCAAGCGCGAGCACAAGAAGGCGGCGGCGCGGCUCACUGGCGGCGCCUGCGCGCAGCUGCAGGACAUGAUCGUCUUCCACGCCGUCAACCACGUGUGGGGCUUCGUCUUUGAGGUGCCACAGGUCGUCUGCACCCUGCUCGCCACUUUCGUCUCUGGCAUCCUGACGCGCAAGAUCUACGGGCUCAUCAUCCCGUGCCUGUACGUCGCCUCCACCAUUGGCGCGAUGGCCUGCGUCUGCCUGGUCUUUGGCUACUACCGCCGCUCCUUGGAGGAGCUGGCGCACCUGAAGGCGAUGUGGCACGUCAGGCGUGCGCCGCCGCCGCCGCCGCCGCGCAGGUACGGCGGCGUGGCGGGCAACCAGGUCAACAAGAUCUACCAGUGGAGCUCAAAGAAGGGCGGGGCGGGCGAGCUGACGGACGAGAUCCUCGAGCAGAAGGUGGAGACCUACGGCGGCGUCGCGUACGUCUACCGCAGGCGCGCCUUCCAGCACUUUCUGAUGGGGGUGGUGUACGAGAGCAGCGUGGGCGCGGCGCAGUUUCUGGUGUACGGCAGCGCCCUCGUCGCCAUGGCGUUGCUCGCCAUGAGCCCGAGCCGCCUGGUCACGGGCGAGGUCUUUGCGAGCGGCGCCGCGCUGCUGACCUCCGGCAUGUCCACCUCGCACACGCUCGCAAACGACCUCAACAUGCUCGUCUUUGGUCACGCCGCCGUGCUGCAGCUGGCGGACGUCUUCAACGAGUCGCCCAUCCUCCCGACCUCCAUGUCGACGGCGAGGCUCCCGCAGCUGGCGCGGCGACACGGCCAUCCAGCUGGGUCCUUUAGCAGCUCCCUCUACUCUCUCGGGCAAGUCCGUGCGGGCCUCCUCCACGGGUCGCAAUCCGCUCGCCACAGUGGCGUCUCGAUCCAUGGCGGGCCGCCAGGGGGAGCAGAGCGGUCGGCGGGAACCGGAACGGCGCCGGCGCUCGCCAGCUUUUCGGGGCUGUAG